AUGGUCAGUCAUCCUAUUCAGUCUCUAUUCCUCGGUACAUUUCCCAUGGGUUUCGCAACCAUUAUCAAUAUGUUUUGCUUUGUUUGUGUUCCUACAUGGGGGCAAUGGGCAGCCUAUUUUGCUUUAGCAAUGUGGAUUGUGGAUGCAGUGAUCUCCGUGCUGGCCUGCUUCGGAAUUCCCUUCAUUAUAAUUGUUGCUGAAGUGGUUCCCAACUUCCAGAUUGCACUUGGAACGCUUGUUACCAGCUUCGUCCUAUGGGGCGUCGGGGUUUUGCUUUCAUUAACGGUCAUUGUGAUCUACUUGAUGCGAUUAAUGUUGCACAAACUUCCCCCAAAGGCUGUCAUUGUGAGCAUGUUCUUACCCCUUGGCCCGCUUGGACAGGGAGGUUACGGGAUACAAAAACUGGGCAGUGUGGCGAAAACUAUCUUGCCACAGACGAAUACUCUAGGAGCAGGCGCAGGUGACACAUUCUACGAGAUGGGCUUUGUAACAGGACUUCUAUUCUGGGCCUUCGGAUUAUUUUGGCUGCUUUGCGCCGUUGGCUCAAUCGCUCAAGUCAGGAAAUUUCCAUUCAACCUUGGCUGGUGGGCUUUCACAUUCCCCUUGGGGGUUUAUGCCACAUGUACCUGUCAACUCGGACGAGAGAUGCCAUCAAAAUCUUUUGCUAUGUUAGGAACGAUUUUCUCCCUCAGCGUUAUUUUUUUGUGGAUUCUCGUCACGGCUUUCACGAUCAGUGGUAUCCAUGAUGGAACUCUGUUUGUAGCUCCUUGUCUGGCUGUUUUGCGUGAGAAGAGAAGGAGAGAAUUUGAGCGGGAACGACUUGUAAAUAUUGGCGAUAACUCACCUAGUUUUAAGGGCUAG